AUGGCUAAAAUUCUCUCUUUUCUGGUAACUAGUCUCUUCUCUGACCUCUUAGCACUCUCCUAUCUCCAAUGUAUUGUAUCACAAUCAACCGGUUUUAGCUUAAAGCUAAUCCGUAAUGAUUCUCCAGAGUCUCCUUUAUAUCGUGGAGAGCUUACCCACCUAGAAAGAUUUCGAAGAAUGGUUGAGAGUUCCAAAUCUCGAGCUCACUUUCUGCAGUUUUUAGGCAAAAUUGCAGAAGGAAAUUCAACUACUUUUCCCGAUGUAAUCCGUCUUCCAGUCAUUCCUUUUACUUAUAUCUUUACAGUGGAUGUAAGCCUUGGUACUCCUAGCAGAAAAAGAACGCUUAUUUUUGACACAGGUUCUGAAUUUAUAUGGACACAGUGCAUGCCUUGCAUCUACUGUUUUCCACAAAUUCAACCCCCUUUUGACCCCAAGAAGUCUAGCUCCUACAAAAAACUUCUUCCUAACCAGAGGUUUUCUAAACAGUUCAACUGUACCACAAAUGGGUGCACCUACAACGUAAUAUAUGGUAGUGGACAGUCAUCGCAAGGGAUUGCCUCUUUCGAGACUUUUACCUUUCAAUCCAACAGUCGAGUCCCCGAAACUAUAAGCGAGGUUGCUUUCGGUUGUGGAAAUAAUAACAGAGGCCGUUACCCCCGCAAUACUUCGAUCAGUGGCCUCUUGGGAAUGGACAAAUCGCCCAUCUCUUUAGUACGCCAAUUGGGCUCUCGGAUUAGGAGUCGCUUCUCUUACUGCUUCCCUCCAUUUAGCUCGCCUCCCCAACCCACAUUUCUAAGCCACAUUGAACAACGAGCUUACAAUGAAAUUGAGAAAGCGUUUAUUGCACAUUUUGCUCGAUUCAAUCUCACAAGAGUUAAUCUUGGACCAUUCCUGUCUCUUUGCUAUAGACUCCCCCAAAGUUUCAGCAACUUUCCAAACAUGACAUUUCAUUUCCAAGGGGCUAACCUUGAAGUUGCACUAGGAAGUUUGUUUUAUACUGAAAAUAACAAUUUCUGCUUGGCAAUGGUUGGGAAUCGAGGGAUAACAGUCUUGGGAGCAUAUCAACAACAGAAUGUUAGGUUCAUAUAUGAUCUUGCCAAUGAACAACUCUCGUUUGCUAGGGAGGAUUGUUCUAAGGAUAAAGCUUGA